GGAUCACUGAAGGGAUUACGAUGUUGCCGUUCCAGCUGCCGGAGUCGAUGUAUUCUCUAUCUUUAGAGUCUUAUUAUCAACAAGAGGAACAAGAGAGGCACAGCCGGGAAAACGUUAAGAAGCCGAUCAAUCUCUUGUCCCCGAAAAUCUCUCGUGCAUAAGUAUCUCAGCACCACCCUAGAAUCGACAAAAGGCUCAAGAGAUCGAAUGCCAUGCACAUUUCUCUGUGUUUCUAUUUUGCUUCAUUUAUUUGAACUCUCCGCACGCCCACCUGGUUUGCGCUGGUUCUUUUCCAGUAGAGCGUCAUCCAGCGCUAAAUUGUGACUGAGCCUGACUAUUCCCCUGACUGUCUCCCAUACCAUGCUGAAACAUUGGCAAGACAAUGUCUGGAAAUGAUUACAAACAUACAGGUCGUCUCGGUUCUCUCCUGGCUUAUUAUUCUGUUUUCAGCAUUGUUCUCGUCGCCCUGGCACACAAUGAGCACUCUUGCUUCCCUGACUGGCUUACUAUCGCUGCAUGUCCUCAGAGAGAAUACUGCGUAAAGUGCGGUGCUUCGAUUGUAACUUGGAGCAUCAAGGAUGGGAGUAGUCAUAUAGGCCAGUUAAUGAUUGGGACGGGUGUUUAUACUUUACUUCACUACAGUCCACUUCUAACGUCAUCACUUCCUUCAUCAGCGUACAAAUCGUCACUGGAGACUCUGCCCUCCCCUGAUUUAUUACCCACUGAAAACCAGCAGGCUGCUUUCAACCCGGUGUCACGCUCUUUCACAAACAGCCAGAUCAUUCACAGUCACAUUUCUCAAACCGGUCGCAUAAGUGGGGUAAAAUGAGUUUGGUUCCUAGUCACGGAAUGGGAGAUGCUCGACUCGAAAGGGCUGGACCCUGGGUAUUGGAAGCUUUAUGAUGGCAGCGGCGGAUGCAUAGAAUGCUACUAUGUAUUACAGUCAAUCUGAUGGGUGAGAGUAUGCGACACAAUAUCGCGAGUUGAAAGCUGCUGGGUUUCAGUGGGCUGCAAGUUGGGGCAUGUAGUACUGUUUCCAGUGGUACGCGACGUACUACA